AUGUACCUUGAAUUUGAUGAAGACUUUUAUCAAAUUUAGAAUUAUGUCAAAUAAGUGAACUCCAAUUUAGUUGUCCUUCCUUAAGAGAAUGUCGAAACAGAAGUUGAACUUUUCGAAAAAAUGGUUCUUUAGAUUAAAAUAUAUGGUUCAAAAAUCAUUGAAUUGUAUUAAUCACUUGAUGAAAUCUGUCCAACUGAUAGAUAACUACAGGCCUUUAUCCCGUAGGCAAAAAUAGAAUCUAUUGAUUAUGACUAAGUCUGGUUGGCUCUAAAUAAAGGGUUCGUAAGUGAUACUUAUAAAGCAAUGGAUUUAAUGCAGUAACUAGAUUAUAAAAUCAAAUUGAAUCAAAGUUAAUAAGCUAAAUUUAUAGAAUUCUUGUAAAUUACUUGUAGACUUAAAGAUAGGGAAAUAGAAAAAUUAAGUCAAUUAUUCCCAAAUCAAUACCCAGAAUCUUAUUUCAAAUAGAUUGAACAGUUAAAUGAGAUGAUUCUUCAAUACAGUUAAAUGGUACCCUUAUUGGUGUAAGAGAACGAGACUCUGAGAUUAGAAAUUGAAAAUACAAAAAUCAAUGAUAAUGACGGAAAAACCAAUGAAAUUAGUUUAUUAAGAUAGCAUUUACAAAAUAUUGAAAAACAGUUGACGGAAACCUAAUCCCAGAACGAAUACUAUUAACAAAUGAUCAAGGCAGAAGAACAAGUAAGAUAGAAUAGAACCCAAUUAUAAAUGUUAUAAAUUGAUAAUCAAGAUCUCCUAUUCAAGAAUAAUACACUUCAAGAGGAGAUCAAAAAUUAUUAAGAUUAAAUUAGGACCCAAAUUGAAAGCUUUGAUAGAAUGUAGAUGGAAUAUAAAAAGAUAAUUCAAAAGAAAAACCAACAAAUUCAAGAAUUGGAGGAGAAGAACAAUUUGGAUUUAACAAUAAAAAAUAACAAUUAAGUAGAUUUAGAUCUAAUUCAAUAAAAAAUUCAAUAAUUCAAAUCAUUGUAUGAGCAAAAAAUAAAACAUUUAAGUGGAACAAUUACUCAUUUGGAGUAGGAGAAUGCUAAAUUAAAAGACUUAGUUAGAUCCUCUGCAUUAGAAGUGGAUAGUUUAAGAUUGUAAAUAGAGAAGAUCAUAACAACUAAUAACAAAAAGACUUUAAAAAUACCGAAGAAGUCUCAAUAGGAUUAUGUUUAAUUAUAUCAAAAGUAUUAAGAAGUAGUAGAGAAGAAUGAACAAUUAAGUCAGCAAUUAUAUAGUCAAAUAUUAGAUGGUAGUGUAUUGUCACAUAUUUGA